AUGUUUAACACUUUUGACAAUAACAAUACUAUCAACAUGGCAUCAAACUCGUCGGUUGCCUCUGUUAGCUCUAAUGGUCAAAUUCCCCAACUAUGGAUGGGCGAAUUAGAUCAAAGAUGGGAUGAAUUAACAAUAAAACAAAUCUGGAAUAAUCUUAUUAGUUCCAUGGGUAUAGUCAUCCACUCAAUUAAACUGAUCAAAGAUAAGCAAAGCACACAGUUGGGUCUCACCAAUGCUGGCUACUGUUUUAUCAGAUUCCACAACUUUGAAGAUGCUUCUAAAGUUCUCAAUACUUUCAACGGUAAGCCAAUUCCCGGAACUAAUAACCAACAUUACUUUAGAUUGAAUUGGUCAUCUGCUAAUAUACAAGCUGCGGCAACCGCUGCUGCCGCUGCAAGCUCUUUACCUUUAACAUCCUCCUCAGCCCCAGUUGAGUAUUCUAUCUUUGUAGGUGAUUUGCCUCAAAAUAUUAAUGAACAAAUUCUACUUCAAACGUUCAAAUCCAAAUAUCCUUCAUGUACCAGUGUCAAAAUCAUGGUUGAUCAAACUACUGGUAAUAUCAAAGGCUAUGGUUUUGUUAAAUUUUUAAAUGAGGAAGAGCAGAAGAGAUCAUUAGUUGAAAUGCAGGGCUACGUUUUGUUAGGCAGGGCAAUAAGAGUUUCUACAGCGUCUAAAUCAAACUCUUCAAAUCCAAACCAAGCCCACCAAAAUAAGCAAAAUCAUAUUAUGAUUAACUCAAACCAAACGCCUUCUUUGAAUGAGAAGACAGCUAGCUCUGUGCCACCAAUGUCACAACGCACCAGUCCAGUUGGCUUUGAUUCAAAAGAACAGCAAAUAAAUAACAUUGCAUCGAGAAAUUUGAAUCAGCCAUUGCCUCAAAAUGUUCCAUUGCAAUAUUUCAAUGAUCCUGCAAAUACCACCGUUUUUAUUGGUGGUUUGAACGUUCCAAUUUCUGAACAACAAAUGUUUGAACUAUUUUCCAAAUUCGGCAGCAUCAGUUAUGUCAAGAUUCCUAAUGGUAAAAAUUGUGGUUUUGUACAAUUUUUCCACAGAGAAAGUGCCGAAUUAGCUAUAAAGGAGAUGCAAGGUUAUGAUAUCGGUGGCGGUUGUAAAAUUAGAGUAAGUUGGGGUGCAAGAGCAGCACAAAGGAGCUGGUUUGCAAGACAAUUACAAAUUCAACAACAGCAGCAGCAAAAGCAGCAACAGUUGCAACAAUUACAGCAGCAGCAGCAGCAGCAACAACAACAACAAUUGCAACAAGGAUAUAAUGUAGUAUCUCCAAAUGUUCAGCAUCAACAGCUGCUCCAGACUAAUGAUUCUCACUUCAACGAACUAUCUAAUAAUAAUAUCAACAUGAUGCUGCAAAUGAACCAAACUGGCACCAUGGCUGAUAACUUGGGUUUGUUCAACUCGUAUGUCAAUAUCAAUGACUCUCUGCUUAAUAUGAAUGGUUACUCUAUUGAUCAAUAUAAUUUCCAAAAUGAAAUGAUUCCUUACACAAAUUUGAGCAGUAAUGACGAGUUUAAGUUAAACAAGCUUCUUCUGGCAGCACGGGAUGGAAACUUAGAUCAGUUAGACCUAGGUUCAAGCCUUUAUAACUAA